AUGGCUGACUUAAAAGGUGGCACUGAACCUGAGGAGAGACCAAUCUCAAUGCUGCCACUGCAUUCACAAACUCAUCCCUUGUGGGCAAUGUUGCCCCAGCAUUCACAAAUUCAUCCCUGGUUGCCAAGCAUAUCCAACUACUUCAUGCAUAUCAGGCAAAAAGACCAAGGCAAGGCCUACGUUUCGUUCGGUGUGGAUAAAUGA